CUUCAAUCUUAAGAACACUGACAACAUUCUAUGCCCGAAGUUAUUUUCAAAAGAAUCAAAUAAUUUCUGGAAAAGAUCAGUAUGAAAUUUGAUGACGUCAUUGAAUUGGUUGGGCCAUUCGGGGCAUACCAAUGGGCACUUUUCUUUCUUCUGGGUUUAGGGGCUAUGCCAAAUGGAUGGCAGUCUAUGGCCAACAAUUACCUCGUUGGUAAACAGAAACACUGGUGUAGUAUACCGGCCCUGGGCAAUCUCUCUCACUCCCUACAGAAGCACAUCAGUAUUCCUCUAGACCAGAAACAAGAUGGAUCGUUCGAGUACAAUUCUUGUAAAUAUUAUAACAUUUCUUACGAGAAUUUCUCCAGGGACGAGCUUCUGGGUUGGAACAGAAGCGUACAGCUGGGUGGUCUAAUACCCGUGGACUGCAACAAUGGCUGGGUAUAUGAUAGGAGUCUUCAUUAUUCUACUGUCCUCAGCAAGUGGGACACAGUUUGCGACAGGCAGUAUCUUGGACCACUUGUAUCUACAAUCUACAUUGGUGGGAUGUUAGUCGGUUCCCUUCUGGCAGGUCUAGUAUCGGACAGAUUCGGACGCCACAAAGGGAUGAUCCUCUUUAUGUUUACUGAGUUUGUGUUUGCGUUAGCUGGAGCAUUCAUGCCGACCUAUGCAUUGUUCUGUGUGUGUAGAUUUGGCGUAGGCGCAUCAACUCUUGCCGUCUACAUAAUAUCAUUUGUUACACUUAUGGAGAAUAUUGGGCCAAAAUACAGAAGCAAAGCCCAUCUCUCCGUAUUCUUCGCCUCAGGAUUCGGUAUACUUUCACUCUACGCCUUUGUAGUUCGAGAUUUUCAGAAACUCCAAAUAGUCAUGGCAGUUCCAAGAGUAGUAUUCUUCUCAUAUAUAUGGAUUAUGCCAGAAUCUCCCAGAUGGCUGGUAUCGCAAGGGAGGACCGAGGAAGCCAUGAUUAUCCUCCGUAGGAUGGCGGAAAUCAAUGGUAAUACGUUACCUGAGAAAAUAGAUUUCUCCGAGGAUGUGAAGACAGAUGAUGAAAAGGAUAUUGGCGAGAUGGAACCUGAACAAGAUGCUGAUAGAUCAAAGGGUACGAUAGUGGAUCUAUUCAGGACACCGAACAUAAGAAAACGAUUCAUCAUUAUGGCUUUCAUAUGGAUUGUAACAUCGAUGGUGUACUAUGGUUUCGCACUGAAUAGCGGUAAUCUCGCAGGGAUUGUCUUCCUCAACACGUUAAUCAGCGCCAUGACAGAUAUUCUGGCGUGGGUUAUAUGCAUCAACAUCCUGGGUAUAAUCGGCAGGAAGAUUCCUUUAGGGGUUUCCCUAAUUACAGGGGGAAUAGGAUGUCUUAUUACCAUCCCUUUCUUAUAUAGACUGGAUUUGAAGGUAGUUGUGACAGUGCUCUCAUUGAUUGGAAAGCUGGGGGCAGCAGCCUCGUUCCAGAUCAUCUACACAUUCACUGCGGAGUUGUUCCCAACUGGUAUCAGAAGUGCUGCUAUGGGGACAGCGUCCAUGAGCUCCAGAGUGAGCAGUAUGGCGGCCGCGCAGAUUGGACAGUUGGACAAAGUAUUUCUACCUCUGCCGUCUAUUAUAUUCGGAACUUGUAGUUUAGUAGCCGGGUUGUUGGCAUUCCUCCUUCCCGAGACCCUUAACCAAAUGCUCCCACAAACGAUAGCAGAUGGAGAGCUCUUUGGCACAAAACAAUACAACAAAAUCAAAGAAGACACUAUGGAUAAAAAUGAAAAGGAAAGAGAGAUGGACAAAGAACAUAUAAAAUCUGCAGAAAAUGGCAAAAUGCAUAUUGAAAACGGUGGAGAAACAAACCACGCUUUUCAGCAUGAGACUUUGAGUGUAAAUAAAAGUCAAACAUUUGAUCAGACCUGUUUAUGAAGACAAUUGUAGUUUGUACCUUGGUGUAUUAUGAUGUAUAUAAAAAUGUCACACCUCACAUACGUGAAACAGUGACCGCCGAUUCUGAUAAAAUUCUUUUGAAUAUUCUUACUCUCCAUUUCUUUUCUGCUAUUGUACGUCAAAGCUAUUUACUGUUUUGCUACAUUUUGAUUUACAGUCUUUUUUGGGAUCUGCAGGAGAUGCAUUAUGUACAAAUACAGUUUUAAGAUUGAAUAAAAGAGCUGCUAUUGGUAAAUAGUGUCAUUUUGGAUUUUCGAUGUCCCGAAUGUCCGAGCCAA